AAAUUUAUUAAAACAAAUAGAAAAACAAGAAAUAAAGUUGUUCUUUAAUUUUUUUUUUUGAAAACUAAUUGAAAUUUUUCUCAAAAAUACAAAAAUUUUAUCAACAAACUAAAUCAGUGUGACGCCUCUGUAAAUUAAUCAAAUUACAUAUAAAUUAACAAAAAUGGAGGCAGAAAAUAAUAAACUUUCUCCACAAGAUAUUUAUGAAUAUUUAAAAGAAAUUCAAAAAGAAAUGCAAAGUGAAAUUGAUAAAUUAACAGAGAAAAUAAGAAAUAAUCCAAGCUCUUCAUUAAAUAGAGACAUUAUAAAAGAUGAUAUUAUUAAAAAGAGAUUACAAUUUGUCGAAAGUUUAAAGAGAUUAAUAUUAAAAGAAAAUCCUAUAAAUUAUCUCAAUCUAGAUAUGCAUUCAGCUGUAAUUCAAAAUUUAGAAAAUGAUGUACACAACAUGACUACACUAGAGAAUUACAUGAAUGACGAAUUAUCUAGAAUUAAAAACGAAGUUACUUAUUUCGAUAAUAAAAUAACAGGAUAUGACAAAAUGAAAAAAGCUGCAUUAAAUGUUAAUGAAAAUGAAGCUAAAAUUACCUACGAAGAAGAAUAUGCUUUAGUAAAAAGAAUCUUCACAGCAAUCAAAGCUGAUCUUUCGAAAACAGUUGAUCUGAUUUUUCCUGAUAAUGACGAUAUUCUCCAUUUUUUAAUGCAACUGUCAAAAAAACAAUUGCAAGGUGGAGACGAUGUAUAUGAAGAGAUAAAUGAUGAAAAUCUUAAUUUCGUAACUAUUUUAAAUACAAUGGGAAUUGUUGUUUAUCAUCCUAAUAAUACAAAUUUGUGUAAAAUGGCAAAUUUACUAUAAUUACCUGAAGAAUAUAUUUUUUUUUUUUUCGCGACAAUUACCACAUGAAAGGUGCUCUUUCUCUCAAUAAUCUCACACCUGAACGUUCCCAUUCUUGUCGACUUAUCCAUAAUUCUUGAGCCGAUUCUAAACAACUUAAUAUUGCCGCUCCUUUCCAUGCAGUCAUUCCUGGAUCCAUUUCCUUUGGUUGUGUUAUUAUAUCCAAUUGUUCUAAUGUAAAAAUUAUUUUUGUAAAUUUAAAAAAUAAAAAUAAAUUUCGAAAUUUUUGUAAAAUAUACCUGCUCUAUACAUGUAAGGAA